AUGGCGUCCCGGUCGCACGCCAUUGUCUUCGCCACUGUCGCCUCAUUCAUUCUACUUGCAAAGGCACAACAGACCUCUGGCACUCCCCCAAGCAGCUGGCCUCAAGUAUACCCGGGAAUGCCGAAUGGUAGCUACAGUACGGAGUGGCAGGACUACUUCCAAGUGACUGAGAAUCUGCCAAAUGUUACGUGGUCUCUCGCUCGUAAUUGGGCAGGGAACAUUCCUGUUCAGAGAGAGGGUCAUCCCAAUGAUACCUUAUUCUUCUGGGCAUUUGAGAGCGAGGAAGGUUCUUUCACUUCUACUUCGACUGACGCACCGUGGGGUAUUUGGCUAAAUGGAGGACCCGGCUCAUCAAGUCUCGUUGGCCUAUUAUUUGAGGUCUGUCUUCUGUUUACUUUCCUCGUUGCCAACUCUGGAUUUGACAAUGGGCGAAAGAAUGGGCCGAUCCAAGUACAAAACGACUAUUCGCUGCUUGAAAACCAGUACGCAUGGAGCACAGUAGCAGACUACGUCUGGAUAGACCAGCCAGUCGGCGUUGGUUUUGGAACUGCUGAUUCCACUGGGUAUAUUUUUGACGAGGAUCAAAUGGCAGCGGACUUCUUUGGGUUCUUGGAUAAUCUUGUCAAGGUCUUCCCCGGCUUGGCUAAGCGCCCAUUGCAUCUAACGGGUGAAAGCUAUGCCGGCAUGUAUAUAGCGAGUCCUUACAUCACAAAAGCUUACUUCGAGAUGGAGAAUCCGCCAGUUACAUUGGCUAAGAUAGCUAUCGGGAUGGCUCUAUUGCCUCUGGAGAGACAUUUCAACUCCUCCCGGUGUGUCCUUGAGACAUACCCGCAGGUGAUCGGGUACGACACUGAUGUCUUUGAGUACUUCCGUGAACAAGAAGCGCUUUGCGGCUAUAAUCUUACCCUUGAAUAUCCUCAAAACGGACACUUCCCAACCUUGACUUAUACUGUUGGAGAAAAUCCUAACUCAUCUGAUAUGUCGGCAUCGAGGCGAUACAAAGCCCGACAAGGUCAAUUCUCCAAGAAACUAUUUUUGGCCGAAAUGGAACAGAGGUACAAUGCACGUCUAGCAAAGCGGAGCACUAGUUUGUCUAAACAUGAGCGCGUGCGAGCGCGGGAUGCUUGGAAACGUGAUCUAACUGGUCGUGCAAGUGGCACCAUAGAUGCAUGGUACGGGUGCGAUGUUUACGAUGAGAUGCUGGAUUAUGCCAUCAACUUCACCUUCCCGUGGUCACUCAGUAAGGACUCUGGAGGGAUGUUCGACGUAUAUAACAUUCCAGAUGCGCUAAACCCUGAGGCACCUAUGGAUGGGUCGGUUUUUUUGAACGACCCACAAACUCGCGCUGCUAUCCAUGCACCAACAAGCAUGAAUUGGACAGAGUCCAUCUACUACCCAUUCGGCAACGACUAUGCUAAUGGUGAUCCGAGUGUCGAACCUAUGGCAUUCCUCACGGACUUGGCCACGAAUGCCACAGCCCGCAAUGUCUCUGUUGUUAUAUUCUCCGGAAAUGAUGACUCACUCAUUCCUCACCUUGGUUCACAAAUUACUAUCCAAAACACUACCUUUGGCGGGAUUCAAGGCUUCACGCGCAAACCGUCAACAUCAUGGUAUAACGAUAAUGGCGAAUUUGCUGGUAUUGUGCAUCAGGAACGCAACUGGACUUAUGUCCUUGUUGAUCAUGCAGGCCACCUCGUUGGAUACACAAAUCCCCAAUCGACUGCAGAAACUCCCAAGGGUCUCGUCUUCAUCAGGGAGUUUGUUUUUGGAAGUAACCAGACUGGGCUGGUCACCAACACUUCCUCGGGAUCUGUGACUGUCAUAGGUGGCGAGGUCUCUUCUCUGGCAAAUGAGAUUAUGACAGGACAGGCUGCCAUCUACUAUGGCUCAGCAACUACCGAAUCCACAUAUUACUUCCCAACCGCUACAGUGGAAGCAUGGAAUACCUAUAUCGCAACCGCUACUACCACGCCUCUGUGA